AUGGGCUCUGUCGCCGUCGAAGCCAUGGCAAGCAGCACACUUGCCGCAGAGCCCAAAAAGCUCCACCCCUUCUUCACCGCGCCCAGAGCUCUGCAGCAAGAUGCGACUGCCACGGACCCAGAUCCAGCCUCUGCCCCCACCAACUCUGCCAAUUCUCGCGAAGCGAACGAUUCCCUCGAAAAGGACAGCGACACAGAAUCCCCAGAGAGCAAGACCCGUCAACGCAAACGCCGCAAGCCCGCAGAGGACGCUGACGAGGAUGGGGCGGACAACAAGAAACCUCGGCGUGGCAGGAAGAAGGCCAACCCCCAGAGCGCAUCCAUAAUGAACCAUUUCUCCCGAAUAGACGGCGAGGACCACGCGACCACGUCCAACCAAACCGCUACGCCCAAGAACGACACCCCUUCACCCACGAACGCGACCAACCCACCAAACGAACCCCCUUCAAGUGCCGUGAGCGACGCAGUCACGAGACAGGCGAGACCGGAUACAGAGUCCAAAGGAAAUGAGCUCAGUAUUCUGCCGAAGAAAGUCUUGCGAUUCAAUCCCGCUACGGGCACCCUUGGAUCACCGCCAAAACCCAAGGAACCAAAGCUAGCCACACAGCAGGAACAAAGUGAAAGGGCAGUUGAAGAGAAGAAGGGCUCAACACCAAGGGGCAGCAGACGCUCAACCAGAAUUGUCAAAGUCAGCUAUGGGACCGAUGACGAGUCUAGGAAGCAGAUUGGUACCAAAAUUGACGAAAUCCUGAGCAGUGCGGUCUCUCCCACCCCAAAGCUGAAGAAACGAACAGUCCUUAGGGAAGCGAAGCGAGUGUCGCGGGCCAGUACAGAGGCAAAGAGCGAGUCCUCCCAGAAAGAGACACACCCAUUUUUCUCAGGAAAGACCCAGAAGGCGGCAACAACUUCCGGGGCAACAACUAAUACUGGGGCGGUGACGGAAACGAAACCUCCGCCCUCACCAAAGCGCCCAAGAAUCUUCUCUUCUACGCCUUGCUCCCCAAAGAAGCAACGAGCUCCAGGACCUAGCAAGCCGCUGCCCCAAUUCGGUGUCAGGUCUUUGGGUCUGAAGACUCCAGGAGCACGCGCGCCAGCAUGGCCUUGGAAAGACAUGCUUCAUGUUAGGGGAGACGAUUCCGCCUUCAGUCGCCAUGAUCGGGCCUUUUCUUCUGGGCCGUUACCUGCUCGGAAGUCCAAAGGCAAUACAAUUCACAUUCCUCCGCAUGAGAUGGCACUGGAAAACUUCGCAGCUAGGCUCUGCAUUCCUGAAAUCAUCGAUGAUAUAAAGAAUAUCGACACAGAAAGCUUCCUCCCGCCGCCACGCGAACUUCGACUUCCACAGAAACACUUCGAAAGCGGACUCAAGCUUCAGAAGCGCAUUCUGCCCGAGCUGAAGAACGUCAAACACGACGCCCUGGCAGGACUUCGCGCAUCACUGGCUACAUCCCUUUCAGCCUUUGACAAAUACCAGUGUGAGUCGAUGAGUUGGGCCCAGAAAUAUGCACCCAAAGCUGCCGUUGAAGUUUUGCAGCAUGGGAGGGAGGUCUUGUUGUUGCGGGAAUGGUUAGAGGCCCUCAAAGUCCAAGCAGUAGACACUGGAGAUCUGAAAUCAAAGCCGGCGAAAAGCGGACCGCCCAAAAAGAAACGGAAGAAGAACAAGUCCGACGGUUUCAUUGUUGACAGCGACGAGGAAGCGAACGAAAUGGACGAAGUCUCCGACCCCGAAGAGGAAGACUGGUCUCCCGAUAGACGGGGAGCCAAGAGGACAGUGAUUCGCGCCGGUGAUGCCCAAGCGAAAGAUUCCAAGGGCGCAUCGCGUUUGACGAACACGGUCGUCAUCAGCGGCCCACAUGGUUGUGGCAAGACAGCUGCGGUGUAUGCGAUCGCAAAGGAGCUGGACUUUGAAGUUUUCGAGAUCAACCCAGGCAGCCGCAGAAGCGGCAAAGACGUUCUGGACAAGAUCGGAGACAUGACCCGGAACCACUUAGUCCAGCAUCAGCAGACCGAAGCUGCAGGUGGAUCCAUUAUCAACGAUGAAGAAGUCGCGGAAGACAUCAAGUCAGGGAAACAAGCUACGAUGGCUUCGUUCUUCAAGCCAAAACAGGCUCCAAAACAACCUCCAAAAAUCAAGAAGCCAGCGCCAAAGGUAGAGGCCGAGAAGCCGGAAGCCAAGAAAUCGCCUCCCAAGAACCAGAAACAGUCGCUGAUCCUCCUGGAUGAGAUCGACGUUUUGUACGAGGAGGACAAGAAUUUCUGGAGCACUGUAAUCGGACUCAUUGCACAGUCGAAGCGGCCUUUCAUUUUGACCUGCAAUGACGAAAAGCUUGUCCCAUUCCAGACCCUGAGUCUACAUGGAAUCUUCCGCUUCAGCGAACCACCAACAGAUUUGGCUGUCGACCGGUUGCUCAUGAUAGCCGCCUGCGAAGGUCAUGCUUUGCGACGGAGUGCCGUCUCGGCCUUGUUUGAGGCCCGCCAACAGGAUCUGCGUGCUUGCUUGACAGAGCUGAACUAUUGGUGUCAGAUCGCUGUGGGCGACCGACGCAGUGGAGUCGAUUGGUAUUAUCCACGCUACCCACAAGGCUGUGAUAUUGAUGAGGAAGGAAACGUGAUUCGAGUUGUUAGCCAGGAUACGUAUCUCGAGGGCAUGGGCUGGCUCGCGCAUGACGUCCUGGCUGAGAUGGGCCACGCGGCAUCGGUCGAAGAUGAGCUGCUGCAGGAAGCAUGGAACAACUGGCAGAUGGACGUGGGCGACUGGCAAGAUACACUGGAUAUGUCGUCUUGGGCCUCGCAGCUGGGAACACCAGCCCAGGGCGAGCGGUUUGCUGCGCUGGCAAGAUACGAUGAUUUCGCCGAUGCAAUGAGCUUGGCGGACCUGAGUUCUUCUGCCAUGGUCCUUGCCGAAUCACACGAUGAAGUAAUCGACUGUGCACUCCCUGAAAUCACGACAAAGGCCCGCGAAGACUACAUACUUGGCCGUCAACUCCUCGACGCGCCCAUUCUGGCGACAUACGACCCCCUCGAAACUACACUACCGAUAAGCUUGAAAAUUCUAGCGCGCAGAAACCUGAGCGCGAGCUAUUCAUCAUCCGGACUCGAAGCACUCGACGAGGCCAGCCUCACCUCCCAAAUACGGCGGCAUAUGUCCCAAGCCGCUACGGCAGAAGUCCUCACGCGCGACGACCUCAGCCUCGCGUUUGACACUCUGGCCGCAUCCGACAAGGGUAGUAACUCGUCGACCUCCCUUGAGGCUUCCGUCUUUGAUAACACACUGGCGCCCAUCGUGGAGGACGUGGCGCCGUACGUGCGCGGGAUCGUGGCGUACGACAACGAGCUUCAGAAGCAGCGCCUCAAGAUGAGCAACCUGCUCAGCAAGGGCGGCACCAAGAGGAUGCGCAACACGCGGGCCUCGCACGCGGCGCUCGAGGGCGGCUCCAGGACGCACACGCGCCCGGAGCGGUGGUUCAAGGCGGACCUUAACGGAGUGCUCGUGAUGAGGACGGCGGGCGAGGGGUGGACUGAUGCUCUAAGGGAGGUCAUGGCGGAGGGCAGCGAAGCGGGAGAAUCGACGGCCAGCCGGGCCAAGGAGAGAGGACGAAAGGUCGUCCUUGACGAUGAUGAGUCGAGUGACGAGCUUGGGGGAAGUCCUGGCGGCGUCUCCAAUCCGAGUGCCCUGGGUUGA